AUGGCAAACACUGACCAUCCAGAAAAGGAUCUUGAAGACAUCAUGGUCCACCCUCUGUUUCGCAAAGCUGCCACAACACCGGCCGAGUCCUGGAUAUCAACCAUGGCAUCUGUCAACGCACUACUGAGAGACGGCAUCAACAAGGACAGGUUGCUCAUCUUCACUGGUGACGCGGAUGGAGUGAGUCGCUACAAUGGUUUUGAUGACAUUUGGGACCCCAAAGGUGACUGUAAAGUCAGACUGGAGAACCAAGAUGUCCGCUUCAACAGCAAGAUCAUCUUCGAGACUAGAUCGAGGGACCUAAUUGCAUUGAUGUCAGAAUGCGUUUGUGAAGAAGGCAUGCACUACAACUUCAGAGUGCCGUCUCUGGGUGACGACGUGGAAAAGAUUGGUAAAUAUGAUCUCGCCAUUCGCAACUUCAUCGCAACCAUCAUUCGCAAACCUAUCAUUGGUACUACACUGGUAUCUGCUCUCGAGGAUCUGCAAAUCAUCGUCAAACACAUCUUCAGAUUACAACGUCAGCCAGAGAAGGCCAUUGAAUUCGUACAAGAGUAUGUGCAGGAUCUCAAACUGGACAAUUGUACGAACAGGCCUGCCGACAUCGGACUAUUCCUCGCAUGGACUGAGAGAACUCAUUGGUCAAAAGCCUUUGUGGAAACCUUCGCACACUGUGUGGGAAUGCUGAAUUGUGGAGUGCUCGACCAGGAAGCUCUAGACGAUGUCUCACCAACAACGCGUGCUCUCCUUGAGCAUAGCUGUACGCACAUGCAUUAUUGUCUCACAACCGUGGAGAUGCCCAUGACAAUAUUUGGCAUCAGUCCUGCUAUUUUGGGAGAACUCGGAGACCACGCUGGAAUCAAGCAAUCACUGCUGGCUUUUCAGGAGUUCCUCGGACAACACUAUGCUCAGAUCUAUGGAAAGUGGCCUCCGCCUGUGCAUCAAAACAGCGGACAUUGGAUCACUCGUUCUAUAGUCCAACGCUUGCAACAAGACUUUGGUAACCUCUACGAUCUAAUUGUUGAGACAGAGCAUCGCGACUCGACUGCCGACCCUGCUGAUCCUUUUGGUUGUGGACUUGAUCGUGAGCAGCUGUUCAAAUCUUGGGACCGCCAGUAUGGCUUCAACCCCUUGCCGCAUGCCAAUCCCAAAGCCCCAGACUACUAUCCUACCCUAGUUGUGGAACCAGAUGAAGAGAAGGGCGCUAGACGAUCAUCGCUUAUUCCUGCUAUGCAAAAGCACGUAAAGAAGGGGCCAGAACUUCACAAUAUCUACUCUGGCGCCACCAACGAAGGAACAUACGUCUCGACCUUUUGCAAAGCAUUCCUAAAACACGAAGCCUCAAGCAAGCACGAAGAGAUGGAUACCCACGAUGGUCGUCUCGGUCGCUGGAUCGUCGUCUACUGUAUGAUGCAGCUCCUCUCCAAAGUAGCCGUCGACAUACAGGGUCUCCGUCACAGCCGGGGCGUCGAAUACUUCCUCAACGCAGACCUCGACGGCACUCCACCCUGGAACCCGGACGACUUCCCAGUGACGAUGCGUCCAGUGAGUGCUCACUAUAGCUGGGCUGCACUCUUCGCAAAGGCCAACAGACCACCUCGCAGAGUCUCUAAAAACUCCGCCAAAAAGGAUUCGAAGGCCAAGUUCAAUGUCGAAUAUUUGCCAGAUGGUCGUGUGAUGCUCAAGGACGCUGAUGGACACGUCGUCUUCAGAUAG